CGAGCGCGCCUGCCUCACCUGUGUACAGGUAAAGGGUGGGGGAGUACGAGCACAGCACGUAGACCUCUUGAAAUUGGCAUUUGACUUCGGUCGCGUUACCUCCAGUCCACAAGCUUUCUCUUCUUCAUUAAUUUUUCACAAAGCUUCAGCACGUGCACUCUUAUUAUGUGUUUGGCAUUGUUUUUAACGCAUUAAACGCGCAGGCGGACACUGAAGCGUCUUUUAAAUAACUGCUUGAGCGAUUUUUUUUAAGGAGUUUGACUGGAGGGUAACUUAUGGCAGCAGCAAAUCGCUUUAGACGAGUGAGAUCUCAGCUGCCAACAUGCUAUUACGAAGGCUUUAUGGAAAAGAAAUCGAUCAAAGACAAGAUGGGUCGUAAACUGUGGACCAGUUUAUGUGGCAAUUGUCUCUUUUUCUACAAUAACACCAAAGACAGUGUUUAUAUAGAGAAGCUGGAUCUCUCUGAUCUCAUCUCUGUAUCAGAUGACUGCUUUCGUGAACAAAAUCUGGACGCUGCUAGAUUCACGAUGCACAUGAAAAACGAAGACAUCAAAAUAGUCGCCCCCAGCCUUGAAGCUCGAGAACUUUGGAAAGGCUUCAUGCUUUCAGUUUCAAAAUUGACUGUGCCAGCUUCUCUGAACCUGCUGCCUGGCCAGAUUCACAUGAUGAAGGAGAUAAUAGAGAAAGAGAAAAUAAGGCAGCGGCUUCUUUCAAUUCCUCCAUCGCCUUGUUCUGACAAUUAUGUUAUUGUACAGCCAGACAUGCCUUCGUGUUAUCAUAACGUCACUCGUGUCGAAGCUGAAUACUUAUUGCAGAGGAACCGCAAACAUGGAAGCCUACUGCUGCGGCCGGGACAUGACGGGACAUCUUUCGCUCUCACUACGUACCAAGAUAUUAAUGGACCAGUAUUCAGACAUUAUCGUGUGUCUCGGAGGCACGAAGGAGGAUUCGCCAUUGUCCUUGAGACUCCUAUCAACUGUGAGACCCUGCACGAUGUUGUUAACUGCCUGCUGGAGAAGACCAAUGGUGUUUUGGAGCCUCUUGUGAUGGAGAAACACUAUGAUGAAAAUAUCACAUUUACUGAGACUGAUAAGGAGAAUGGUGAGAGUAGGCUGCAUUGUCCCAGAGUCCCUUCAACUACUCCUCCAGAGCCGCCUCCAAAACCAGCAUUGGCUGAGGUGGAUAAUGAGAGUUGUGAGACUAGAGUGCAAGCCCCUUCAACUACUCCUCCAGUGCCACCCCCAAAACCAGUCCCAAGGAGUCAAAGAUCCAGUUCAGAGUCAAAAACACAGGAAAGCAACCCCUACAUGAAUGUCUCAGAUAUUGGAGAGUAUGAGAUGGAUGAGGCAGCAUGUUCUCCACCUCCUGUCCUGCCGCGUCUUUCAGGGCGAUAUUUGCCACAUCCAAAUACACUACCUCCAGAUCCAAACUGGAGCAGUUCAGAUGUUAGGAGGAAAGCUUUGGUACCUCCCGGCUACCCUACAACAAGUUCCCGAUACAACAGUUUGCCAGGCAUGCCUAACGAUAAUCCCAAGAGUCAGCGGCAACAACUUGACAUAAACGAGCUCCAGGAGGCUCUUAGGAGACGAAACCAGGAAUAAAUACAAUCUCAAUUAAAGGAUGACGAUAACGGUUUCGUUCUGGAACAAGGAAUAAUUCCUUAGUAUUAAGCUGGUCUUAAAUCUACGCCAGCAGAUAUAUCUUAGCUCACCUGAACGCUGUGAUAUUUGCCCACCGCUGUCCGGUCGGAUGAGCAAAUAAGCCCUUGAAUGAAAUUUUCUUUAUGGAUUCCUUUCGGCAUUAUGAUGUAUUAGUUAUCACAGUCCUUUAUUAGACCCACAUAUCGCUCAUGGCGUGUGGCGUUGUGUAGCUGCUGACUGUGUUUGUGUAGUUUAUCUUGCUGACGUACUGUUGAUUUAUCACAGGUUAUUCAGUUGAAAAGUCACAUAUAAAUGUUUUGUUUUGAAUUCCUUUGUGUCAGAUAGCUGGUCUACGUCUCUUUAGAUAGUAGGAUUGACUUUACUUUGUGUGGAAGUUGCAGGUCUUCUUUCUCCAGAGACAGAAACAGAUUAAACGAAUGUUGUUUUUUCUGUUUUUGUUAACAUACUUUUUUAUACUAUAUAUUUUGAGAACAAUACAAUGAUCACAGAAAAUGUA